GAAUACCUUGAAGCUGUGGCCAAAGGUCCACCAAUCGGCCAUCCGAUUCGGCACUUCCACCUUCGGCGCAGCCGGAUCGAGAUGGCUCGUGGGGGAGAGCCGAGUGCUCUCGGAGGAGGAGGAGGAGACUCUGAUCCAGCAGUUGCGAAGUGACGGCAUCGAUGUGGCUCCAAGUGGGGUGAUGAUGCUGAAGAAGUGCAAGUUCAUCGAAGAGUCUGGUGGUUGCAAGAACCUGUGCCUCAACUUGUGCAAAGCGGGCACGGAGGAGUACAUGAUGGAGGACUUGGCGUUUCCAGUGCGACUGGUGCCGAAUCUUCAAGAUCACAGCUGCGCCAUCUUGCUCAUGGAGCAGCCAGUCAGACCGGAGGACGACCCGUUGUUCUCCAAGCCCUGCACGGCCACGCGCUGUGACCAGAAAUUCAGCAUGCCGAGUCCCCGAGUGCCGAAAGGCCUCGAGGCCUCACUUUGUACAGAGGAAGAAGCAGGUUGA